AAGUAGACUUUAUGAGCCGACCAGUAGGGAGAGACAGUGAGAUGUGUGAGCGCGUCGAUGCGAGUGCGGGAUCUGGCAUUGGUGAGCUGUGAAGGGAGUUGCAGCCUCAGUACCACCACAUUCUGAGUGCAGUACAGGGAGGAGAGACGCGCCGCUCUGCGCUGCCAAUGCUGCAGUUACCGCCUUUGUUUGGAACAUUGUUUAAAAAACAUCGGACCUAGCCGAAGAGAGGAGUGGUGCAUCGUGCAAAAUAGCGAUUUACAAAUUGCCUGGAAAGUAUAUUUGGUGACCCAUGUAUACGAAGGGAGGAACAGAGGUGUUUCUGCUGCUGCUAGCGGCUACACAGAUAUCCCAUGGAUCACAGUUAUGCAGGAUGGGAUUUUCUGAAAAUAUGUACAAUGCAGCAGUGUCUGGGAAUGUGCUUAAAGGACAACCUCUUCUAAAUGUAAGAUUUGAAGAUUGUGGAAGAAAAGAAAAAAUACAGCUUGAAACCAGUAAACCAGCUGACUUCAGGAUAGGAGAUGAUGAAAUGGUGUAUGCUGCCCACUAUUUUCUUCUUCCUUCGAACGAGAUCCAGUUUGCAGUAAAUGCAUAUGAUAAAGAAACCCACGAGCAAUGGCACACUACAGUGAAAUUGACUACCAUCAUAUCACUACAGAGAUACCAGAAUGGGGAUAAAUACAUACAGUCUUCCCAGGGAGUUCAAGAAAUAAUGUUCCCCAGACAGCAACCUGAUAAUUCUGGGCUUUUGAAGCGUAUGAAGAGAGACUGGGUCAUCCCCCCAAUCAAUGUUCCUGAAAAUUCUAGAGGUCCCUUUCCACAGGAACUUGUCAGGAUUCGGUCAGAUCGUGAUAAAAUGCGCUCCCUACGUUACAGUGUAACAGGGCCUGGAGCUGACCAGCCUCCUACUGGGAUCUUUAUAAUCAAUCCAAUUUCAGGACAACUGUCUGUGACAAAACCUUUGGAUAGAGAAGAGAUACCCAAUUUUCAUCUGAGAGCGCAUGCAGUGGAUUUAAAUGGAAACCAGGUGGAAAAUCCAAUUGAUAUAGUUAUCAAUGUAAUUGACAUGAAUGAUAAUAGACCUGAAUUUUUGCAUCAGAUCUGGAAUGGGACAGUUCCAGAAGGAUCAAAACCAGGAACAUUUGUCAUGACUGUCACUUCUAUUGACAAAGAUGAUCCAAACUCUGCCAAUGGUAUUCUGCGAUACAAGAUUGUGUCACAGACACCUGAAAGUCCAUCCUCAAAUAUGUUCACAAUCAACAAUGAGACUGGAGACAUCAUUACUGUGGCAGCAGGACUUGACAGAGAGAAAGUUCCACAGUACACUUUAAUAAUUCAAGCUACUGAUAUGGAAGGAAAUCCAACGUACGGUCUGUCUAACACUGCAACUGCCGUCAUCAAAGUGACAGAUGUGAAUGACAACCCCCCUGAGUUUACAGCCCAGACUUUUUAUGGAGAAGUGCCAGAAAACAGAGUGAAUGUGAUUGUUGCCAAUUUAACUGUGACUGAUAAGGACCAACCCAACACACCUGCCUGGACAGCUGUUUACAGAAUCACUGCAGGUGAUUCAACCGGGAGGUUCUCUGUUCCAACUGACCCAAUUAGCAACGAUGGCCUCGUUACUGUUGUCAAGCCCAUUGACUAUGAGACAAGUAGAAUGUUUGUUUUGACUGUGGUUGCGGAAAAUCAGGCACCUCUAUCCAGGGGCAUCAAUCUUCCUUCCCAGUCCACUGCAACCGUUUCUAUUACAGUUAUUGAUGUGAAUGAGAGUCCCUAUUUUGAUCCAAAUCCUAAGCUAAUCAGACAAGAAGAAGGCCUUCCAGCUGAGUCAAUGUUGACAAGCUUCACUGCUCAAGACCCUGAUCGUUACAUGCUGCAAACAAUACGGUAUUCCAAACUAUUUGAUCCAGCCAACUGGUUAAAAAUUGACUCAAUUACUGGUAGAAUUUCUACAAUAGCAGUCCUUGACAGGGAGUCACAAUAUGUGAUGAAUAAUUUCUAUAAUGCUACAUUCCUUGCAUCAGACAAUGGUAUUCCUCCUGCAAGUGGAACCGGCACACUGCAGAUAUAUCUGAUUGAUAUAAAUGACAAUGCUCCUGAAGUGUUCCCAAAAGUUGCUGAAAUCUGUGAAAAACCUGAGCCCAAUGCCAUUAAUAUUACAGCCAUUGAUUUGGACAUUGACCCCAAUGUUGGCCCUUUUGCUUUUGAAUUUCCAAAUAAACCACAGGAUAUAAGGAGGAACUGGACUAUUACCCGUUUGAGUGGUGAUUAUGCUCAAUUGAAUCUUAAGAUUGGGUUUCUUGAAAGUGGAAUCUAUGAAGUUCCUAUAAACAUCACAGAUUCUGGCAACCCUCCAAUUGUAAACACAUCCAUACUCCGGGUCAAGGUGUGCCAAUGUGACAGCAAUGGGGACUGCACUGAUGUGGAACGAAUAAUCGCAGCAGGUCUUGGGACGGGUGCAAUCAUUGCAAUUCUGCUUUGCAUCAUUAUCUUGCUCAUCCUUGUGUUACUGUUUGUCGUUUGGAUGAAACGGCGCGAUAAAGAACGGCAAGCAAAACAGUUGCUGAUUGACCCUGAGGAUGAUGUCCGAGACAACAUCUUGAAAUAUGAUGAAGAAGGUGGAGGGGAGGAAGACCAGGAUUAUGACCUGAGCCAGCUUCAACAGCCUGAUACGAUUGAGCCGGAUGCCAUUAAACCUGUUGGAAUUAGACGUCUUGAUGAGAGACCAAUCCAUGCUGAACCACAGUAUCCUGUAAGAUCGGCUGCUCCUCACCCGGGGGAUAUUGGAGAUUUUAUUGGAGAGGGCCUGAAAGCAGCAGACAAUGACCCAACUGCUCCCCCUUAUGACUCUUUGCUGGUUUUUGAUUAUGAGGGCAGUGGGUCCACAGCAGGUUCAUUAAGUUCACUCAACUCAUCAAGUAGUGGAGGAGACCAGGACUAUGAUUACCUGAAUGACUGGGGACCAAGAUUUAAGAAACUUGCAGACAUGUAUGGUGGAAGUGACGACUAAUUAAGCUUGUGAAAUGAACCUUUUUGUAUGGAACAAGGACAUCUUAAAACCGAUAUUCAUAAAGGAACACAAGGCUAGGCUUUAACUUUUGUAGUCUACUAGCACAGGUGCUUGUUGGAGGCUUUGCAUAGGCUGCAGUCCAGUUUGGGCUCAAUGGAAUAUCGGUAAACUGACACUGUUUGGAUCGUUGAUAUUAAGAUCGCUCAGUUACACUUGAAUUUCACAGUACAGAAGCACUGGGAUUUUAUGUGCCUUUUUGUACAUUUUUGGAUCUAAAUAAUUAGUUUUAUGUUCAAGGCUUUAAUGGUACUGACUUUUGGAGUGAUUUCAAAAUUGAAGAAGUAUGUUAAUUAUGGUAUGCUUCUCCAUUUCGCUUUUUGGUUAUACCAUACUGCUGUUCUUUGAAUAAAAUAUUUAAACCAGAAGGAAGAGAAUGAAAAAUUCCAAUUUUGCUUUGAGGGUAGAAGAAAACCCCUAAACAGCAAUGUACAGUGCGCUAGUCUUUUAGAUAGUUUUUUUUUCACUAAAUUAAAAAAAAAAUGUGCAGCUGGUUAAAAAAAUACUUCUGCAGCUGGUUGCAAAUAAAGGGAGUUGUCAAAUCAUCAUUUUUGUAGCAGAAUCGUUUUUGUUUUUCUGAAGUGAAAUAGUAUUUUACAAAAAUGUUUAUUUUGUUCUAAUCCAUUGUUAUUUGCCUUAGUCAACCUCUGGUACUUUUGAUUUAUACUUCACUGUAAAGAAAAUGCGUGUACAUAAUGUUUUUUGACGUAGUCUAUGAAGUGCAAAAAGUACCAAACCUGUAUAUGUAUAAUUGGACUACGGUUUCAAGUUUUUGCAUGUUUUUAUCUUUUCAUUAUAAAAGGUAUUUCCAAUUUUCACUUGCAAGAGAGACAUCGACACAGUGACUGAAUUGAUAAGUAGGGUGAGGAAUUUUUGAUUGAAAGAUAAUAAAUUAUCUUAAUUAGCACAACUGUUUAAAUUAGUACCAAAAAGGGGUGUUCUGAAAAACGGUGGCACUAAUAAAUGAAUCAGCUUUAAAACUGGAAAGACAUUUCAAAGCAGCUUUGCAGAUCUGUACCAGAUUCAAAUUAUACAUCUCUGAUCCCCACAGAUUGAAUAAAAUGCUAAUUUUUGAGUCA